AUGCCUGGUGGCACCCAGCUGUACACGGUGGUGCCCGGCUGUCCCUGCUGUGCCCGGUGGCACCUGGCAGUGCCUGGUGAUGCUGACAGUGCCCAGCUGUACCUGAUGGUACCCAGUGCCUGGUGGCAGCCGGCUGUACCCGGUGGUGCCCAGUUCGUGGAGGCCCAGAGCAACCCCCAGAGCAGCCCCCUGGUGCUGUGGCUGAACGGGGGCCCCGGCUGCAGCUCCAUGGAGGGCUUCCUGAAGGAGCACGGCCCCUUCCUGAUCCAGCCUGACGGCAUCACGCUGAAGUACAACGACUACGCCUGGAACAAGAUUGCCAACGUGCUCUACCUGGAGUCCCCCGCUGGUGUCGGCUUCUCCUACUCCAAGGACAAGAAGUAUGCCACGAACGACACCGAGGUCGCUCACAACAACUACCUGGCACUGAAGGAUUUUCUCCGGCUUUUCCCUGAGUACUCCAAGAAUGAUCUCUUCCUCACGGGGGAGAGCUACGGGGGGGUCUACAUCCCCACGCUGGCAGAGUGGGUGAUGCAAGACCCCAGCCUCAACCUGAAGGGUAUUGCCGUGGGAAAUGGCCUCUCCUCCUACGAGAUCAACGAUAACUCCCUGGUUUACUUUGCCUAUUACCACGGCCUGCUGGGGACCGAGCUGUGGAGGGACUUGCAGGCCUUCUGCUGCUCUCAAGGGAAGUGCAACUUCCACGACAACUCCAACCUGAACUGCACACUCAAGAUGGGGGAGACGAUUCGGAUUGUAGAGGAGUCCGGCCUCAACAUCUACAACCUCUACGCCCCAUGCGAUGGCGGUGUCCCUGGGAGCAUGAGGUACGAGGGUGACUAUCUCAUCACACACGACCUGGGCAACUCCUUCAUCUGGAUGCCAAUGAGGUUCUCCUGGCGGCAGAACCUGUUCCGGAUGCCGGUAGCCCGAAAGAAGGUCCGGAUGGACCCUCCCUGCACGAACUCCACGGCCCCCAGCAUGUAUCUGAACUCCCCAGAGGUGAGGAAGGCUCUCCACAUCUCCCCUGAGGCCCCGGAGUGGCAGGUGUGCAGCUUUGAGGUGAACCGCAGCUACAAGCGCCUGUACAUGCAGAUGAACGACCAGUACCUGAAGCUGCUCGGAGCCACAAAAUACCGGAUCCUGGUGUACAACGGGGACGUUGACAUGGCCUGCAACUUCCUCGGGGAUGAGUGGUUUGUGGACUCCCUGUGCCAGAAGGUGCAGGUGGCUCGGCGGCCCUGGCUCUACACUGAAAGAGGCGAGAACCAGAUCGGGGGCUUCGUGAAGGAAUUUACCAACAUCGCCUUCCUCACCGUCAAGGGAGCCGGCCACAUGGUGCCCACGGACCGGCCGCUCGCUGCCUUCACCAUGUUCAGCCGCUUCAUUAAAAAUGAGCCUUAUUAGGAGUUGCGGAGGCAGUGCCUGGCACCCCGGCCGCCCUCACCACCCGGCACCUCCUGCGCAGCCCGUCCUCGCUGCUGCUCAGCUGCGCCCAGGCUCCCUGCGCCAUGAAACAAGUCGCUCCUGCAGC